AUGUAUAACAAACCUAUAAAGGAUAAAGAUUACGGUGCAGGGGAGGGAGACCCCAGUACCGGCGUAGUAGAGGGUUGUCAAGCGGGCCCCUCUGCGUCGACAUCGUGCAACCGCGACUGUCCGGGGGUGGAUCGCCAGGCCCUUGGACAUGCCUCUGCGUCUGGUGAUGAGGAAGGGAGUAUGGAUAGAAGGAUGAAGUCCGUAGAUUCUAACGUGUCACGUACCAAAGCGGACGAGUCUGAAUACUUUCGGGGCAAAUUACCGUUGGAGCGUGGAAGGGAGAGCUCCGAUGAUGAAAGGCCGUUGCUUCGUCCUUUCCCGUUAGUAAGGACGAAGAAGCGCCCGCAUCGAAGGAUCGCCUCAGUCGACGACGAUAGCACAGACAGUAAUACGGAUUCUGUAACCGCGUCAGCUUCUGAGAAGAGGAACAGAAAUUCUGCCCAAUCACUGGAGUCGGAUAUUGGGACAGCAAUGGCCGGCAAGACAGCUGCCGAACUUGACGCGGAGAUAAUAUAUGAAAUGGAUGAAGUGGAGUGGAUCGCGACCGCCUCCAAGAACUUGGAGCCGAUGUGUAUGAAGCGAUUGAUAAUUGCAUCCCGUAAGACGCGGAAGGCCAGCGCUAUGCUUCGAGAUAAAAUAGUCAACAAGGAGGAGGGAAUAGAGGGAGGAGAGGACAUUGAGGCGAGCACACUCAUGUGGGAGAGGCUGUCUCGCCUCGAGAAUAAGCUGAGCAGCUUCCAAGAGACGGUGAUGCGGCUGAUACAGAAGACAGAGAUGGAAAGAAACAAAGAUAAAAGAAAGUUGGCGGAGGACCCGACGGUCGCAGGGACGACAAGACUCGAGGAUCUGUUCCGCCGUAUGCUUAUCGAAGUGCGGCGUUGGCUGCUGUCGUCGCAAUCGCCGUCGCCUAUUAAAAAGAAGAGAGUGAUACCCUCAGAUAAGUGCGUCCUUCCCAUCGCGGAAUUCGUGAGGUUGUGGGACUCCUCGCGAUCGAACAUCAAGUCGCCGGAAAACGAGGUGGGCGACUUCACCAACAUCGUCGAUUCAAAUGUGUGCAGAAGAGGAGGCAGAAAAGAUAAAAAGCAUUCGAAAUCCGCGAAGGGAGCAAAGAAUUGCAGCGGUGGAAAAAGUAUAGGCAAAAGAAGGAAACGGAAGAAGAAAAGAGGUGGCGGAAGUAAGAAGAGGAACAAAGGUAGAGAGUCGGAGGAGUCAGACGCGGUUUUGAGUGACAAGGGUGCGAGCGCAAGCUCGCGUAGAAGUAUUACGUCUAACCUCCCCAAAACCCCACGGUACAUCACGGACAUGCAAACCGUGUCGGAGGAUUCGGCCUUCGCUUACGCGGAGAAUUUCGAGAGAGAUCAAGCUGCCCGAUUUGAGCAUCACCAAAGUUCUACCCAAGAGGGCAAUCACGGGCGUCGCAGCUUUUGGGACCGAUGCGGAGAAGGCGAGUCGCAGAGGUUCGAAUUUGACUGA